UCUGAUCAAAUUUCCCCAAUUUAUACUGAGCAGCACAGUCGCUUCGCCGCCACAAUUCCGCCGCGAUGAAGAAUUUCAGCUACGACGAUUUUGAACUGAGAGAGAUUCAAAAGCUCGAAGGUCACACCGGUAAGGUUUUGGGCAUAGCUUGGAAGGUGGAUACCGGAGUACGGGGUUUUCUGGCAGUAAUGGCAUCCUGGAGUGAUGAUAAAACCGUACGGAUCUGGGAAGAGAACUUAUCCGGCUUAUUUGUGUGUAAGGCUGUUUUGGAGGCAUCAUCUACUGUUAGAUCGUGUGCCUGGUCACGGGAAUACAAUUUGUUGGCAGCAGGUUGCUCUGAUGCCACCACUGUCAUUUGGAAAAAUGUCGCUGAUCAUGCCUAUGAGCGUAUCUACACUUUAAAGGGUCAUGAGAAUGAAGUGAGAAGUGUUUCCUGGGAUAUGGCCGGGCUACUGCUUGCGACAUGUGGAGGUGAUAAGUCAAUUUGGAUAUGGGAAGCUUUGCCUGGAAAUGAGUUUGAUUGUGCUUCAGUGUUACAAGGAAACACAGAAGAUGUUAAGAUAGUUCAAUGGGAUGAUAAUAAUACUUUAUUCUCCGUUAGUAGUGAUAACACCAUUAAGGUUUGGAAAGAGACAAGUUAUAACAGUGGUGAUUGGCGUUGUAUUAAAACUUUGGGUGAGUCUGACAGAGAACAUACUUCUGCUGUGCUGUCUCUCUCUUUCAGUAAAGAUAGAAGAAAAAUGGUUUCUUGCAGUGAUGACCUUACCAUCAAGAUAUGGGAUUCUGAUCGUGAUUCUACAGAACUUUGGUCACAUAUUUGCACUCCAUCUGGAUAUCAUGAUACGACAAUUUUCGCAGUUGACUGGUUGAGGGAAUUACUCCGUUGGGUACCUGAGGAGGAAGACCAGGACCCAGAAAUAUAUGCUAGUGCAGGAGCUGAUGACACUAUACAUAUAUUUAUCGAGGACAAGGACAAUGAGGUUGAUGGACUUUCAUUUAAACAACUUUUGAAGAAGGAGAAGGCUCAUGAAACGAACAUAAAUUCUGUAAAAUGGCACUCUGGGGAUAAAAGGCGUUUGGCGUCCGCCAGUGAUGAUGGAACAGUGAAGAUAUGGGAGUUUGUUUGCCCCUGGCCUGCUGGCCGCAUAGAUCCAUAGUUGAUAUUGGAAGUGUUGUUAUAGUAAUUUUGAGCCUGUUGAUGCCUCAUACUUCUGGAAAACUAUUUAUUUUCUCGAAUUCAAGAUCUCUGCUUAAGGGCAGAGGGACUCUAUCUAUCCACCACAAUCCUUAGUGAUAUCAUUAUUACAUAUUAUAUUAGAAAAAUAAGAGAAUGUAUGUGCAAAGUUGAUACCAUCAUUUCUGCUGUCAACAUUUUUAUCAAUGAUGUAGGACUGUAAAAGCAUAAUUCACAGCAAACGCGUAUCCAAGAUUUGAAGUUUAUGAGUUUUGGCAAUCCAUGGCUAGCCUCCGAAUCCACUUCUUAUAUAUGCUUCUGUAUUCACAUUUGGUUGAAUAUACAUAUUGUGGAUUUCUCAACACAUUAUAC